AUGAGCCAUGAGCCCAAGUCCCCUUCACUAGGAAUGCUUUCCACGGCGACCAGGACCACGGCCACCGUCAGCCCCCUCACCCCCUCGCCUCUCAAUGGCGGGCUGGUGCCCGGUGGCAGCCCCGCGCCCAGCAGCGCCCUGUCCGCUCAGGCCGCGCCGUCUUCCAGCUUCGCCGCCGCGCUGCGCAAGCUCGCCAAGCAGGCGGAGGAGCCCAGAGGGUCUUCACUGAGCAGCGAGUCAUCCCCCGUGUCCUCUCCAGCCACCAACCACAGCUCCCCAGCCAGCACACCCAAGCGCGUACCCAUGGGCCCCAUCAUCGUCCCUCCAGGAGGCCACAGUGUCCCCAGCACACCCCCAGUGGUGACCAUCGCCCCCACUAAGACCGUCAAUGGUGUCUGGAGGAGUGAUAGUCGUCAGGAUGCUGGCUCACGGGGUGGCAGUAGCCGAGAGCGCCUGGUGGUGGAGCCCCCACUGCCCCAGGAGAAAGCAGGUGGCCCGGCCAUCCCCUCGCACCUGCUCAGUACCCCCUACCCCUUCGGGCUCUCCCCCAGCUCAGUCGUGCAGGACUCCCGCUUCCCACCGCUGAACCUGCAGCGGCCCGUGCACCACGUGGUGCCCCCCAGCACAGUGACCGAGGACUACCUGCGAAGCUUCCGGCCCUACCACACGGCCGAGGACCUACGCGUGUCCUCCCUGCCCCCACUUGGCCUGGACCCUGCCGCCUACUAUCACCCUGGCUACCUGACCCCACACCCCUUCCCACACCCAGCCUUCAGGAUGGACGAUUCCUACUGCCUGUCGGCCCUGAGGUCUCCCUUCUACCCCUUGCCCACGCCUGGCUCCCUGCCCCCACUGCACCCCUCAGCCAUGCACCUGCACCUGUCAGGGGUCCGCUACCCACCUGAGCUCGCCCACUCGUCCCUGGCCGCACUGCACUCGGACCGGCUGUCCAGCCUCAGCGCCGAGAGGCUGCAGAUGGACGAGGAGCUGCGUCGGGAGAGGGAACGGGAACGCGAGGCCGAGCGCGAGAAGGAGCGGGAGAAGGAACUGGAGCGGGAGCGCGAGCGGGAGCUGGAGCGGCAGCGCGCCCGCGAGAAGGAGCUGCUGGCCACCAAGGCCCUGGAACCUGCCUUCCUGCCCGCCGAGCUGCACACACUGCGCGGCCUGGCCGACGAGCGGGCCAAGGCCCCGGAGCAGCUGACUCCCACCCGCACAGAGAAGCUCAAGGAGGCAGGCCUGCAGGCCCCCAAGCCCGUGCCGCACCCCCUGCACCCAGCAGCAGCCGCACACCCCGGCGUGCCCAGCCUCAUCUCGGGCCACGGCGUCUUCCAGGCGCUGCCCGGCAGCAGUGCGGCCGCAGCCUUGCUCAUCCAGCGCACCAAUGAGGAGGAGAAGUGGCUGGCGCGCCAGCGGAGGCUGCGGCAGGAGAAGGAGGACCGCCAGUCCCAGGUGUCGGAGUUCCGCCAGCAGGUGCUGGAGCAGCACUUGGACAUUGGUCGCCCCCAGGUGCCAGCCGAGGCAGAGCACCGGCCUGAUAGCGCCAGGCCAGGAGCAAGCCGGCACGAGGUGGGCAGCCGAGACACCCCUCAGCACUUUGGUGGGCCUCCACCCCUCAUCUCACCCAAGCCUCAGCACCAUGCGGUGUCCCCCGCACUCUGGAACCCCGUGACCCUGAUGGACAACACCCUGGAGCCCAGGCGGGCUCCCGAAAGCCACCCUCUGCACAGCCACCCCGGCCCAUUUGAGCCCAGCCGCCAGGCUGCUGUGCCGCUGGUCAAGGUGGAGAGGGUCUACUGCCCAGAGAAGGCAGAAGAGGGGCCCCGGAAACGGGAGGCUGCCCCCAUGGACAAGUUUCAGCCACCCACACGGGAGCCUGGGGGCCUAGAGCACCCACCCUUCUCCCAUGGGCCCGGGGCAUUCCUCCCUGAGCUUGAGAAGACCGCCCCCACACUCCUGGGACAACCGCGGGCCCCGCCCAGCCAGCCACCCCCAGCACAGCGAGGCCCCGACCCGGCCUACAUCUACGAUGAGUUCCUGCAGCAGCGCCGUCGACUGGUCAGCAAGCUGGACCUGGAGGAGCGCCGGCGACGGGAGGCCCAGGAGAAAGGGUACUACUACGACCUGGACGACUCGUACGACGAGAGUGACGAGGAGGAGGUCAGGGCCCACCUGCGCUGUGUGGCCGAGCAGCCCCCCCUGAAGCUGGACACAUCCUCCGAGAAGCUAGAGUUUUUGCAACUUUUUGGCUUGACCACCCAACAGCAGAAGGAGGAGCUGCUGAUGCAGAAGCGGCGGAAGCGGCGGCGGAUGCUGCGUGAGCGGAGCCCGUCCCCCCCGGCGGUCCAGUGCAAGCGGCAGAGCCCUUCCCCGCGACUGGCGCUGUCCACCCGCUACAGCCCCGACGAGAUGAACAGCAGCCCCAACUUCGAGGAGAAGAAGAAGUUUCUGACCAUCUUCAACCUGACGCACAUCAGCGCUGAGAAGCGGAAAGACACUGAGCGGCUUAUUGAGAUGCUGCAUGCCAUGAAGCAGAAGACACUGUCGGGCACGAGGGCAGGUGCACUGCCACACACUCCGAGGGACAGUCCUGCUGCUGCCUCCCUGAGCGAGCCAACCACACAGGCCUCCCUGAGCAUGGACAAGCCUGUAGGCAUUGCUGCGUCCCUGACAGACGUUCCAAAGGCCGUGGAGCCCGGCAGACUGGAAGCAGCCCGGUCCCAGGAGCCAGCUCCUGCCUGCAGCGACAAGGCCAGGCUGGGCGAGGCACCUGGUGUCAAGAAGGGACUGAGCCUGCUGCACUGCAUCCGGGGCCCCACAUCCAAGGACAUCCCCGUGCCGCUCUCACACAGCGUCAACGGCAAGAGCAAGCCCUGGGAGCCCUUCCUGGCUGAGGAGUUCGCACACCAGUUCCAUGAGUCAGUGCUGCAGUCCACGCAAAAGGCCCUGCAGAAGCACAAAGGGCACACGGCUGUGCUCUCGGCAGAGCAGAACCACAAGGUGGACACGUCUGUCCACUACAACAUUCCUGAGCUGCAGUCCUCCAGCCGGCUUCCCCGGCCCCAGCAAAAUGGCCAGCAGGAGCCCCCGCCUGGGAGGAAGGGCCCCACCGCCCAGGAGAUGGACCAGGAAUCGGAGGAUGAGAAUGAGGAGGAGGAAGAUGAAGAGGAUGACGACGAAGCCCCCAGAAGGAAAUGGCUAGGGAUUGAGGCCAUUUUUGAAGCUUACCAGGAACAUAUUGAAGAGCAAAACCUGGAGCGGCAGGUGCUGCAGACGCAGUGUCGGAGGCUGGAGGCGCAGCACUACAGCUUGAGUCUGACGGCGGAGCAGCUCUCCCACAGCAUGGUGGAGUUACGAAGCCAGAAACAGAAGAUUGUGUCGGAGCGGGAGCGCCUCCAGGCAGAACUGGACCACUUACGGAAGUGCCUUGCGUUGCCUGCGAUGCACUGGCCUAGGGGUUACUUUAAGGGAUAUCCUAGGUGA